AUGAUUAACAUGAAAUAUGAACAGAAACAAAAUAGAGCAUCAAGAGAUGAACCAAUGACAAAUGGUGAUGCAGAUGAACAGACGACUGGAAGCUCAACAACACCUUUGAAGAAGUCAAAGUCAUCUACUUCGACUACAUCCACGACAACUUCAACAUCAACAAAGACGACGACGAAUGGAAAUGGUGAUGCUUCACCAAUGGAAGUGUCAAUGUCUGCAAUGAUUAAUAAUAGUGAGAAGUUGGUCAAUGGCGGAUUGUCUUCCAACCCCUUGGAGACACUAGCUGGAUUCGACCAGAUACUUGGCGAUGGCGUGCUCAGGAAGGAGGGCAGCAACGAGGUGGACUUCAUCGCCACCGUCAACAGGAUGUCCAAGUUCACCCAUCAGUACCUCAAGAUCACACCGCAGUACAACUACGAGCUGCUGAGUCAGCAGCUCAAGUGCGACGUGCAGCUCAAGCUGGAGAACCUCCAGCUGUUUGGUGAUCUCUAUGUGCGUAACUGUCUCAGUAUCCUGCUGUCCAACUACUUCAAUCAGACCAAGCGACUGGGUUGCGAGUUCCGCGAGAUUGGCGGAUUUGUCCUCGUCCUGGACCCAUCCACGCCAGAGCAGCAGGUGCAUCUCACCGGCACCGUCCUGACGGCUCUGCAUCUCAAGAUGAAGUUCAUCAUCUACGUGGCGCCCGGCCAGCUCUCGCUGCUCCAGGUCGUCCAGCUGUACAUGUGCCAUGCACGUGGCGCCAAGCUCAUCUUCCACAAGGGCAACACAAAGGAAUGCUAUGAGCGUGCACAGCAGCACGCCAACGACCUGCACAUGGUCUACAUCGAGCUCAAGUUCAGUCUGCAAUUCUCGCUGAUUGGUUCAGCAACGCUUGCCGAGGAGAUCAUGGAGCAGAGCCCAGACCGCCAGACCAUCGUCAUCCCACUGCGUCUCUACACGAUUGGCUGGAGCUAUGUGUCGUCCAUUCCGCUCUAUCUCAAGAUGAAGAACAGAGACUUCAAAGUGAUCGUCUGUCAGAUGACAGAGGAUCUCUACGGCAUGGAUGUUGAGGGUAGAGAGUUCAACAGACAGUCGCUGUUCCCUGACCGCAUGGAGAUUGGCUGGCUGGCCCUCAUUCACGACCAGUCCGAUCUAACCAACGUGUUUGAUGCGUUCGACGCCAGGAACCAGGGCAAGUUCACGCCAGCCGACAUUACACAGUUGCUCCAAGUGAUGGGAGGUGAUGCCAACAAGAACACAGUCAUGUCACAAAAGACAUCCUACAGCAAGACCGAGUUUGUCAACGAGGUCAUCACGAUCAGUCUGUCAAACACCAUCCUCAAGGAGAAGGAGUCAUCAUACUUCCUUGCCCAAUUCUCUUUGGACAACCUCCAGGACAAGAAGAUCAUCGACCAACUCCUCCCUGUCACAGAGGACCAAGCUGCUAUUGCUUUCAUCAAGUGCCUCGAGUACACUCAUACACUGACGAGUGGCAAGGGUUCAAUCUCAUUGGGUGGUAUGCUCUCUGGUAACAUCCCCUUCAAGAAGGAUGAGAAGUUUGUCGUGUUGAUCUCGGGAGGAUUCAUCGAUGUCAUCGACUUCCAGACUAUUCUUAACUAUGCGCUCGAUCUGGCUGGCCAGACAUUCGAAGUGGCACUCGAUCUUCCAGACAAUGCCAACGCGCUCACCAAGGUGCUGAACGUCAUUGGUUCGAACAAUGUGUCGGUACAGGAGAUCAACAUGGACCGUUCAUGCGAGUCGCUGCGACAGUAUCACGUCAGAGUGUCUAUCAUGUGUAACUCGAGGAACUUUGAGCAGCAGAGGAAGGUGCUAGACGUCCUUGAUGCUCAGGGCUUCAAAAGAUUGCCCAGACUCACAGGCAGUGGCAAGGCUGAGUCGCGUCCCUCGAUGCCCUCACCAAUCAUCCCUCAAGAGCUCCCACCCGUCAUUCCAGCAUCGCCAAAGGAUGCGCCACGCAUCGACACCACCCCACUCAUCAAGCGUAGCAUCACCGAUAUCACAGUGGCAUCUAUCCGUGAGGCCCAGCAGAGGAUCAAGCACAUCAUGUCACCAACUCCCAUCUAUCACAGCACAACAUACUCGAAGAUCUGUGGAUGCCAGGUGACACUGAUGCUCGAGAACAUUCAAAAGACUGGCUCGUUCAAGAUCAGAGGCUCUUCCAACAUGGUGCUGCGCGCCAUUGAGCAGAGUGAGCACAAGCCCGUGGGACUGGUGGCGGCGUCCGCUGGAAACCACGCACAAGGUGUCGCGCUGAUCUCAGCCAAGGUAGGCCUCCCCUGCACCAUCGUCUGUCCAGAGUAUGCCCCAGACUCCAAGCUCUCGCACACCAAGCAGUAUGGUGCCGAGGUCAUCAAGAAUGGAAAGUCACUGGAGGAUGCCGUGCGUAUGGCCGAGGGCAUUUGCAAGGAGAGGAACUGGACCCUAGUGCGUCCCUACAACGACGUAGACGUCAUUGAGGGCCAGGGCACAAUGGGCUGCGACAUCUACGACAAGGUUCCAGACGUGGACACUGUCAUUGUGAACGUCGGCGGUGGUGGAAUGAUUGCUGGCAUUGCUUUGUUCCUCAAGAAGAUCAACCCCAACAUCAGAAUCAUUGGUGUGCAGAGCGCCAACGUGUCGCCACUGGCUGACUUCAAGCAGACCAACCAGCUUAGAUACAUUGAGCCAGCCGCCCUGUCCCUGGCAGACGGAACCAACGUCAAGCUGCCGGGUGGUGUCCACACACAGGUCCUGCACGACCUGGUUGACGAGUACGUCACUGUCAGCGAGAACGAGAUCGCCUCAACCAUCGUUCAUCUAAUGUACAACAGUCGAACUGUGUCAGAGGGUGCCGGCUGCCUGGGUCUGGCCGCGCUCAUCCAUCACAAGAUCAAGGUUCGCAAGGAUGAACGUGUGGUCGUCAUUAUCUGCGGUGGCAACAUCGACAUGUCCACAUUGAAGCAGGUGUACGAGUAUGGCCUGCGCGCACUUGGCCGCUCGUUCACCAUCCAUCUGACAACCUGGGACUACCCAGGCAACCUGCACAAGAUCAUUGCGCUGGCGGCUCGUGCCGAGUUGGUGGUUAGCGAGAUCCGCCACAUCAGAGGCACGGGAGACAUCAACUGGAAUGAGGUCACCAUCUCACUGUCAUUCUACAGUAACUCAUUCCAUCAUCAGAACUUCUUCCUGUCGCUGCUGGUCGAGGAGGGACUGUUCCCGCAUGUGAUUGGUCGUCGCUACAUCAAGGAUCACGAGCUCGUCUACCAAGUGUUUGACAAGGCCUGUGUUGGCAAGGAGAAGCAAUUGAAGGAGACAUUCUCCGAGAGACAAAAGGCAUUCUUGGAGCAGUAUGGCAAGCAAGCCAAUACAUCAACUCUC